CGGUGCGAUAAUCACAGCCCUGAGUACAAGAAGAGGGGCGGAGCCGUUAUUAUCACCAUUUGGGAUUGAAUUGGGCGGGCCGUGUUUAGCCUAAGGGGCGUUUACUUUUAUACAACGUUAACUUCCAGGUGAUGGGCCUAACCGGAGGAAGUAGGGAGCGGCCAUUUUUCUGUCUGGCAGCAGACAAGUAAAGAACCAGAGAGUAUUUACUAGAAGACAAGUGAGGGUGAGACGUGUCCUGUAUAAAGUACUGAUUCCCAGAAGAUGGACAAAGACAGAAGUCACAGGACUGACAGGAUACUAAAUCUCACCCUGGAGAUCAUCUACCUGCUGACUGGGGAGGGAUACGUGAUAGUGAAGAAGACAUCCGUUGAGUGUGAGACACCCAUCAGCCGUCCCCGUGUGUCAGGAGGACCGAGCAGGACCCAGAGCCCCAUCACGGUGCCUCCACCUCACUCAGUGAUACAUGAGAGACACAAUGACCAGAAGAUCCUGGAACUCACCAACAAGAUUAUUCAGCCGCUGACUGGAGAGGUUCCUAUAAGAUGUCAGGAUGUCACUGUCUAUGUCUCCAUGCAGGAGGGGGAGUAUAUAGAGGAACACAGGGGUCAGUACAAGGACGUGAUGAUGGAGAAUCACCGGCCCCUCACAUCACUGGGUAAGAGGAGACUGUCAUGUAUUGUACAGGGAAGAGCAGAUGGGCCCAGUAACAGAGAUACCCCAGAGAGAUGUCCCCGUCCUCUGUAUUCCCAGGAUUGUACAGAAGAGAAUCACAGGAUCCCACAGGAAAAUCAGGGAGAAGAUCUGACUAAUAUUAAGAUAGAAUAUACGUAUUUGACCGAUAUGAAGGUAGAAGUUACAGAGGGAGAAGAAGAGACGUAUGUGAGGGGUGAUCAGCAGUGUAAGGAGGAGGAGAUCCCUACAGAUAUCAGCACAGAUGGACACAGCAGUCUAAAUACUUCAGUGGAACAUCUCCAUUUGGCUCCGGAUGAUGAAAUAGAAGAUAAUUACAUCACACAAGAUUAUGCUACAGAAAACUCCAUGACUCCAUUUAUACCUAAAGUACUUCACAGUGCAGAUAUGUCACCUGAUGCUUCUAAUCACGAGGACUGUGCCCCAGAUAGAUCAGAUAUUCUUCCACCUAUUACAGGUCUUACAAUAGAUAAAAUAUUCCCCCCAUCUAUAGAUGCCAAUUGUUUAAUACAGAGCACAGAGCUUAUUACCCAUCAGCCAGCUAAGGCAGGUGAGAAGCCCUUCCCAUGUUCUGAGUGUGGGAAAUGUUUUACACGUAUGUCAAGUCUUGUUAGACAUGAGAGAAUUCACACAGGUGAAAAACCAUUUCCAUGCUCCGAGUGUGGGAAGCGUUUUACAAGAAAAUCAUACCUUCUUACACAUCAGAGACUACACAUUGGUGAGAAACCAUUUUCCUGUUCUGAGUGUGGGAAAUGUUUUACACAGAUAUCAAAUCUUGUUACGCAUCAGAGAAGUCACACAGGUGAGAAGCCAUUUACAUGCUCUGAGUGUGGGAAAUGUUUUACACACAAGUCACAUCUUGUUACACAUCAGCGACAUCACACGGGAGAAAAGCCAUUUCCAUGUUCUGAGUGUGGAAAAUGUUUUGCGAGGAAAUCAUACCUUCUUACACAUCAGAGGCUACACAUUGGUGAGAAACCAUUUUCCUGCUCUGAGUGUGGGAAAUGUUUUACACAGAUCUCAAAUCUUGGUAGACAUCAGAAAAGUCACACAGGCGAGAAACCAUUUCUGUGCUCUGAGUGUGGGAAAUGUUUUGCACACAAACCACAUCUUGUGAAACAUCAGAGAAGUCACACAGGUGAGAAGCCAUUUUCAUGUUCCGAAUGUGGGAAAUGUUUUACAUGUAAAUCAGCUCUUGUUACACAUCAGAGAAAUGUCUCCCUCAGCAGUAUGGAGGCAGAAACAGAGGAGUACAAAAACCUCAACAAGAGAUUCCUGCAUAUGGUCUGUCGAGCCCGCGGUAUUAAGGUGACUGUAACGGAUGUAAAGGAAUCCCUAAUUGCAAAAUUGGUUCUAUGGGAUCGAGAACAUCCUGAUAAUGAGGAUGAGGACUCCGAGGAACAAGAUGUACCCCUGAGAAGUUGUCAGCGACGCAACCUGGCAUCUGAAGUUUCAUGCAAAGAUGAUUCACAAAACCAGCGACUGGAUCAGAGGAUGGACAGCUCUAGAAGUUGGCUGAUGGUAUAUACUCUGAGGUUGCGUAAACAGACCAGGGAACAGGUUAUGUUGGACCACCCCAGGAGGAUGGACAAGGACAGGAGUCACAUGAAUGAGAGAAUACUAAAUCUCACCCUGGAGAUCAUCUACCUGCUGACUGGGGAGUAUUACACAGUAAGGAGGAAGACAUCCGGCGAGUAUGAAACACCCAGCAUCCGUCCCCAUGUGUCAGGAGGACUGAGCAGGACCCAGAGCCACAUCCCGGUGCCUCCACCUCACUCACUGAUACAUGAGAGAUACAAUGACCAGAAGAUCCUGGAUCUCACCAACAAGAUCAUUCAGCUGCUGACUGGAGAGGAGGGGGAGUAUAUAGAAGAACACAGGGGUCUGUACAAGGACUUGAUUAUGGAGAAUCACCAGCCCCUCACAUCAAAGGAGGAUCAGGGUGAAGAUUUUAGUGAUGAAAUGGUAGAAGAUACAGAGGGAGAAGAAGAGACGUAUGUGAGGGGUGAUCAGCAGUGUAAGGAGGAGGAAAUCCCUACAGAUAUCAGCACAGAUGGGCCCAGUAACAGAGAUACCCCAGAGAGAUGUCCCCGUCCUCUGUAUUCCCAAGAUUGUACAGAGGAGAAUCACAGGAUCCCACAGGAGGAUCAGGGUGAUUAUCUGACUUAUAUUAAAAUAGAAGAUACAGAGGGAGAAGAGACGUAUGUGAGGGGUGAUCAACAGUGUAAGGAGAAGGAAAUCCCUACAGAUAUCAGCACAGAUGAGCCCAGUAACAGAGAUACCACAGAGAGAUGUCCCCGUCCUCUGUAUUCCCAGGAUUGUACAGAGGAGAAUCACAGGAUCCCACUGAAGCAUCAGGGUGGAGACCUGAUUAAUAUUAAGGUAGAAAAUAUAAGUGAGGAAGAAGAGACGUAUGUGACUGAUAUGAAGACAGAAGAUACAGAGGGAGAAGAAGAGACGUAUGUGAGAGUUGAUCAGCAAUGUAAGGAGGAGGAAAUGCCUACAGAUAUCAGCACAGAUGAGCCCAGUAACAGAGAUACCACAGAGAGAUGUCCCCGUCCUCUGUAUUCCCAGGAUUGUACAGAGGAGAAUCACAGGAUCCCACUGAAGCAUCAGGGUGGAGACCUGAUUAAUAUUAAGGUAGAAAAUAUAAGUGAGGAAGAAGAGACGUAUGUGACUGAUAUGAAGACAGAAGAUACAGAGGGAGAAGAAGAGACGUAUGUGAGAGUUGAUCAGCAAUGUAAGGAGGAGGAAAUGCCUACAGAUAUCAGCACAGCAGAGAGAGGCACAAACAAGAAUAACAAAACGAAAAACAAGAAAAGAGAUCAAAUUUAUUCUUCAGAUUUGAAAAUAGAAGAUAACAACACAGAAGAUUCUUCGGGAGACAAUCCCGUUUCUCUAUACGUACUCCCAGUACCUCACAGUGCUGAUGUAUCUGGCUCAUCUAAUCAUGGGGAAUGUUCUACUGAUAUCUCCGGUAUUGCUACUCACAGUACAGUAUUUGGAGGUGAUAAUAUCUUUCUCUGUUGUGAGUGUGGGAAAUGUUUUACACUAAAAUCAUCUCUUGUUAUACAUCAGAGAACUCACACAGGUAAGAAACAAUUUUCAUGCACAGAGUGUGGGAAAUGUUUUAAACGGAAAUCAUCUCUUGUUACCCAUGAGAGAAGUCACACAGGCGAGAGGCCAUUUCCAUGUUCUGAGUGUGGGAAAUGUUUUACACAGAAAUCACAUCUUUUUAAUCAUAAGAGAAGUCACACUAAUGAGAAGCCAUUUCCAUGCUCUGUGUGUGGGAAAUAUUUUAAGCGGAAAUCAGAUCUUGUUACACAUGAGAAAAAUCACACAGGUGAGAAACCAUUUCCAUGUUCUGAGUGUGGGAAAUGUUUUACUUAUAAAUCAGUUCUUGUUACACAUCAGAGAAGUCACACAGGCGAGAAGCUCUUUCCAUGCACCAAAUGUGGGAAAUGUUUUAUACAUAAAUCCGCUGUUGUUGCACAUCAGAGAAGUCACACAGGUGAGAAACCAUUUCCAUGUCCUCAGUGUGGGAAAUGCUUUACACAUAAAUCAGCACUUGUUAGACAUCAGAGAAAUCAUGCUGGUGAGAAACCAUUUCCAUGUUCUGAGUGUGGGAAAUGUUUUACACAGAAAUCACAUCUUGUUACACAUCAGAGACUUCACACAGGUGAGAAACCAUUUUCAUGCUCUGAAUGUGGAAAAUGUUUUCCAGACAAAUCAUAUCUUGUUAUACAUCAGAGAAGUCACACAGGUGAGAAACCAUUUUCUUGCUCUGAAUGUGGGAAAUGUUUUACACAGAAAUCAAAUCUUGUUAAACAUCAGAGGCACCACACAGGUGAGAGACCAUUUCCAUGCUCCGAGUGUGGGAAAUGUUUUACACAGAAAUCAGCUCUUGUUACACACCAAAAAAUUCACAAAAAAGAUGAGCUGAUAGAUUUGAAAAGCAUUACAUCUCUGGAAGGCUCAUUUUAUCCUGUAAACCUCAACUGAGCUUAAGAAUUCCAUCUCUGUUCCACAGUUCAUGGAGCCAUAUAGACAUCCUCAGGAGAAUUUUGGGUACACUUAAAUAAAACCAUUCUGUAAAUCUUAUUAACAACCAAACAUGGGUGUCAGAGCACGGGAAAGUCCAGGAGCCAUAUAGGUGCCAACCAGGGGCCCAUUCUAUAGUAGACCAUUGUAUCAGCUCAGCUGGGCAAGACCACGUCAGAAUAAUGUGACUUGUGAGGUGACUUUUUCAUUUUUGUACAUUUAUAAAUAUACUGGAACAUGUUUUUUUCUCUGUAUGAGUCUUUGCUCAUUGUAGUAGAAGUAAAGCCGUACGAGGCCUAACACCCUGCAGAGCCUACACUGAGAUGUGACUGACGCUAUAUGUGAGGUAAAUCAUGAGGGGCCUGAGCAUGGGAUAAUUAUCAGUCAUCGGAAUCUCCUGAGUGACAGCUGUAUGGGGAAUGAGGAAGGUUGCUAGAGAUAGACGCCAGAUGUGUGAAGCAUUAUGGGAUAUCGGAAUAUGAAGUGAUUGGCUAAACAUGGUGACAUCACUGUGGGUAUAAUAUGUAAAUGAGAGAGUGACAUCACUGCGGGUAUAACAUGUAAACUGAGAGAGUGACAUCACUGUGGGUAUAACAUGUAAAUGAGAGAGUGACAUCACUGCGGGUAUAACAUGUAAGUGAGAGAGUGACAUCACUGCGGGUAUAACAUGUAAAUGAGAGUGUCAGUCACUUAUCACAUAUACGCUUAUCUGAUGGUUACUGUGUGUACACAAUAAAUAUCACAUCUUUUAUACUACA